AAGCCCAUGGCCCAUGUCAUAACCCCGCGCUACUGCGACAAACUGCAAAUUGCCCCUCCAAAAUUUUGAGUCAAACAGGAAUCGAAUUCCCGAUACAAAGUACAAUAUUUAUUUUAUUAUUUUUUUCAACAAAAUCAACAUACAAUAUACAGUUUGAACCAAAAAAAAAAGAAAAAAAAAAAAGGGAAUUAAAAGAAGAAAUAACCAAAUCACCAAAAAUGUCUUCAUCUGAAGCACCAGGAACCGUCACAAAAGUUACACCAACCGACUUCUUCGAGUCGAUCGGCCAGAAAGCAGGGCAACUUGCGACCACUACCAAUGGAACUAAUGGUGUUGCGCAUCCCGAUGGCGACGAUGAUGAAAAGGUUGUUGAGGAAAUCGAGUCGCUGUGCAUGAACUGCCAUGAGAAUGGCAUUACGCGCAUGCUUCUAACUUCCAUCCCAUACUUCCGCGAAGUCAUUCUUAUGUCCUUUGCUUGCGAAAAGUGCGGCUUCGCCAACUCCGAGAUGCAAUCCGCUGGCACCAUCCAACCCAAAGGCUCGAGCUAUAUAUUGCGAUUGACCGAGAUGGGUGAUUUCGAAAGAUCCGUCAUUAAGUCGGAUACAGCUGUUGUCAAAUUCAUCGAACUUGACCUCGAAGUCCCUGCUGGUCGCGGCCAAUUCACGAACGUAGAAGGACUUCUUUCUACGAUAGUAGAUGAUUUAGAGAUUGGACAAGAGGCACGAAAAGAACAAGCGCCAGAAGUAUAUACCAAGAUCGACGAGAUAAUUAAGAAAGGGCGAGCAAUGCUAGCUGGUCAAGCAUUCCCUUUCCGACUCUCGGUGGACGACCCAGCUGGAAACUCUUGGAUUACCCCGAAUAUGCGCGAUGGUGUUGGCAAAUGGGAGAAGCACGAAUAUGUGCGCACCGGUGAGCAAAACGAGGCUCUUGGUCUCGCAGCUACAAAUCCGGCCGCAGGCACUGGUCUGCUCACGGAUGAUGAUGACAUCAUCCCGGACCAGGUAUAUGAAUUCCCAGCUACAUGUCCGGGGUGUAUGCACCCUUGCACGACGAAGAUGAAGAUGGUGGAUAUUCCACAUUUCAAAGCCGUUGUAUUGAUGUCGACCACCUGUGUUGAGUGUGGGUAUCGAUCCAACGACGUGAAGACCGGAGGAGCAGUACCAGAUCUAGGCAAGAAGAUCACCUUGAGAGUCGAAAACGAAGAGGAUCUUGCUCGAGACAUCCUAAAGAGCGAGAGCUGCGCGCUCGAAUGUCCCGAACUCAACCUUCAGGUAAACCCAGGAACGCUGGGAGGUCGAUUCACGACUGUCGAAGGUCUGUUAACGCAAGUGCGAAAUGACCUACACAGCCAAAUCUUCGAGACCGGCUCGUCCGAAGGAGGCGAUUCCCUGAGCAACGAGCAGCGGUCGCAAUGGAAGUCAUUCUUCGAGGGCAUCGACGCCGCCAUCAAGGGCGAGAAGAAAUUCACCAUCAUCCUCACCGACCCCAUGGCAAGCAGCUACGUUCAGAAGGCCGUCGAUCCCGAUCAAGAGGACCCGCAGAUGACGACGGAGGACUACGAGCGCACGGAGGAGGAGAUGGAGGACCUCGGCCUCAACGAUAUGAAGGUGGAGAACUACCAGCAGGACAGCAACAACACGAAUGGAACUACCACUGCCGAGAUCAACGGUACUAGCUAACGGUCCUUCUUGUCUCAGCAAGGGGCGGAAUUUGGGAUUUGGGAUUUAGCAUGAAGAUAAAGAUACCUGUUUAGAGCCACGACUGGAGAAUUUACAAAAGUGAUUUUAUAGUUGCCAUGCUUCUUUUUGACUUUUAAGAAUCGUGAACUCCAUGUUUCCCCUGUGAAGAAAAGGGGUGUUUAGAUACACCUAUAUCAAGAGAUCUAAGGGUGUCCAAACUAUUGUCCUGCAAUAACCAGGAACUAUUAUU